CAUGUUAGUGGCCCACGAGAAGCUCGUUGUAUUAGACAGACGUAUAUUGUGUUAUGACGUAAGAGUUACCAGGCAAGCAACCUCUGCGUUUUGUAAACAAGUCUAUUACCCCGGGACCUGAAUGAAGUGAAUGGUUUAAAAACAGAAAGUAAAUAAUUAUGUGAAAACAAUUUUUAACUUUAAAUCAAAUUUGUUAAAGAACAUUGAUAAUUAAUUAUGGCAAGUGACUUGUGUUUACACCCAGACUGUGUAGAAGAAGUGGUGGAGGAGCUUCUUAAUAGUGAUAUUAUAAGUAAAAAAGGAUUAGCAAAGUUGAAAGAUGACGCCCGUAACAAUAUUGAUCUUAAUAUGUUGAUGGAUGUUAGACAUAAGGAGGUCAAGAAAGAGUCUUUAGUUGAGACAAACAUGAAUAUGAAACAAUCUCAUCUAAAAAAAAUUAAAUUGAAAGAUUGCUCCUCAAAAGUUUUGCCAAAAAUUAAAGACUUGAAAAUAAUUGACAAAGAAAUUGCUAAGACACGAAGAAAAUUGAUGGAUUUCCAAAAUCAGCGGGCAAAAAGAAAUGCAUCUUUGGCUAAUAACAUUCUAACUCUUGAGAAAGAAAAAGAGCAGAUUACGAAUUGCCCAGUUGUCAUCAAUUUGGAUGAAGAUCAAACAAUGCAUUAUUUUAACUUGCAUGUGGACCAUCUUGAGGAUAACAGUGGUCUGCAAAGAGGAAGACAAAAAACGUGGAAACCAUUUGAGGUUAAACCUCCUCCAGUCAUAAAUGUGAUUACAAUAUUGAAAGAAAUUGACUCAAGAGCAACAUCUAUGAAACAUAAUGAAGAAAAACUUAGACUAUUGGAGAUGUGUGAUCUCAAACCAAUUCAGGUUAAAGGGAAAAGCUUGGAAGUCCCAGCAUCAGAUUCGCCAAGGCCAAAACAAGAAAUUAUUAGUAUUGUACCCAACAAUUCACCAGCACUUCUUGUUAGAGAUUCUCCGACUAAAUUUAAUGAAGACCCAAAUCUUAGUAAUAGAGAAGAAAUUGCACGGAAAGUUGUGGAAAAGUGGAGACUGUUCGUAAAAAAUAAAAGAACUUUCGAGCUUGAAGAAAGAAAGCGUAUGAAGUUGAAGUUAUUAAAAUACUAUUUUGCUUUGUGGAGACUUAAUGUUAAGCAAGGCAAAGCAAGCAAAUUAAAGCAAGUCAAUACAGAGACAGAAAAAUGUUCUAAACAAAAUAGAACUAUUGAGAUAAAUAAGGCACAGACCAUCAGUAAUGGGAUACAAAAUCAUGUUAAAACUUUGAAAAAUCAAUGUGACGAGAACAAAAAGAAAGAUAGUGUUUUAUCUGAAAACCCUCUUUUUAUAAUAACGCAAAAUCACCCAUCACAAGAGAAUAACUUGAAACCUAUAAGGAAUAAUCCAGUCAAAUCUAAAGUAAAUGUCAGAAUGGUUAAACCAGAAGAUGUUGGAUUGGUUGAGAAAAUGAAAGAAAAAACACGUCUUCAUAAUGGGAAUGUAACUAAAGAAAAAGCAUUAACUACCGAAACUAUAUCCAAAAUAUGCAAAGAGCCAUUUGAAAACAGAUUUCUUGCCCAGCAAAAAAUAAUAGAGAACCAAAUGGCUGUGAUAGAGAAACAGAGAAAAACAAUACUUGAAUUGAAAGCUGAACAUUGGGAAACAAAAUCAAAACUAAAUCUGAAGUUAGCAGAAAAUGAAAUGGCAAAAGCACAUGCAGCUUUUGGAAAGAAACACGCUCCAUCAAUAAACACAAUAGAACGUAAUGCACCUCUAAAGGAAGCGAUUAUACCGGGAGAAAAGAUUAAAAACAAAACAGAUUUAUUAAUGGAAAGAUGGAUGGAGAGACAGGCAUACUGUAAACAACUUUCUGAAUCUACAAAAAUGAGGAAGAAACGGAUAGAAGAAGAAAAAGAAAAAGAGAAAAUAGAACAACAAGAAAAAGAAAAGAAAGAAAAGGAAGAACAAAAAAGACUGAAUAUUUUAAUGAAGAAAAGGGAAAAGCAAUUAGCCAAAGAAAAAGAAAGGAUUGAUCGUAAUUCAAAAUUGCUCACAGCUGAGUUAAAUGAAAUGGCUAAACAGCAUUAUAACAAUGUUCUAAUUAAAAAAGUAUUCAAAGCAUUCAAGAAAUUCUCCUCUGAUGUACAUUCAAUGGCUAACUCUUGUACUCAAAUGUAUGAAAGAAAGCUUAUGGGUAAAGCAUUAGCUGCUUGGGUAUUUGAAACAAAAACAUCUGCUCUAAAAAAAUACCAGCUAGCUGAUAAUUACUAUUAUACAAAAUUGAUAAAAAAAUGUUGGAACAUUUGGCUUGGGCUGCACCGGGAGUAUAAGAUGAAGGUGCAGGUUAGUGAAGACAUGUACUGCCUGAAACUGCAAGAGAGGAUGUUCCGCAGGUGGGCAGACUUUGCUGCAGAGCGUUACCUGGAGAAUUGCUGCAAAACAGAGCUUGCAGAGCGAUUGCACAGAAGACAAUUGCUGCGGCGCAGUUUUGCCUGCUGGAGAGACUUGCCGAGAGUCAUGUUUGUGGAGAGAGAGAAGGAGCAACGACGCCGAGCUUGGAGACAAGCGGUGCAGGAGCUCAUCCCUGACUUCAGCCCAGUGUUCGCUGAACAACUCGAAGUUUAAGCUACUUUAUUUUAGUUCACUUUUUUAUUAGUACAAUUAUAUUUUUACACAUCUCA